GCUGUGACGUAACUUCCGUCGUGAGAGGCGAAAGCCGGGAGGGCGAGCAAGAGCGAUCAGGCAGCAGGCAGCAGGCAGCUGGCCCCAGGCGGGCGGGCAGACGGCAAAGAGAGGGGGGGGGAGCGAGCGAGCAGUGAGUGAGCCAGCGAGGGCGGCCGCGUCCCCAAAGCAGCCGAGAUUCCUCCCGUCCCUCUGACCCCCUCCCCGGAGCCCACAGCGCCUCCGGUCUCCAGCGGAGCGGACACGGCCCGGCCCGGCCAUGGCCUCGUUGCUGAAGGUGGAUCAGGAAGUGAAGCUCAAGGUUGAUUCUUUCAGGGAGCGGAUCACAAGUGAGGCAGAAGACUUGGUGGCAAAUUUUUUCCCAAAGAAGUUGUUAGAACUUGAUAGUUUUUUGAAGGAACCAAUCCUAAACAUCCAUGACCUAACUCAGAUCCACUCAGAUAUGAAUCUCCCCGUCCCUGACCCCAUUCUUCUCACCAAUAGCCAUGAUGGACUGGACGGUCCCACUUACAAGAAGCGAAGGUUGGAUGAGUGUGAAGAGGCCUUCCAAGGAACCAAGGUGUUUGUGAUGCCCAAUGGGAUGCUAAAAAGCAACCAGCAGCUGGUCGACAUUAUUGAGAAAGUGAAACCUGAGAUCCGGCUGCUGAUUGAGAAAUGCAACACGGUCAAAAUGUGGGUACAGCUCCUGAUUCCUAGGAUAGAAGAUGGGAACAACUUUGGGGUGUCCAUUCAGGAGGAGACAGUUGCAGAAUUAAGGACUGUUGAGAGUGAAGCUGCAUCUUAUCUGGACCAGAUUUCUAGAUAUUAUAUUACAAGAGCCAAAUUGGUUUCUAAAAUAGCUAAAUAUCCCCAUGUGGAGGACUACCGCCGUACCGUGACAGAGAUUGAUGAGAAAGAAUAUAUCAGCCUUCGCCUCAUCAUAUCAGAACUAAGGAAUCAAUAUGUCACUCUACAUGACAUGAUCCUGAAAAAUAUCGAGAAGAUCAAACGGCCCCGGAGCAGCAAUGCAGAGACACUGUACUGAGGCCAGGGCCAGAGCCAGGGGACUCUGUGAGUCUGGCUCAAGACCGACAUUGCCUUGGUUUGUUACAUGACUAUCGUGAUGGGGAAACUGGCUGGAAAUAGUAAUCACACCUCUCUGUUUUUAGUUAGAGUCUAAUGAAACUCUCAUGUAGUUCUGUGA